GCCUUGGAAACGGUGAGAACACCACAUAUAUGCACCGAAUGCGGAAAGCCAUGAGGAGCAGCAUCAACAAGCAGGCGUGUGAAGUUUAAUUACUGGUAGUAGAUCUCGAUUUAACUUCUAUACUAUUGAAAUUACAACCAUUCCGAUGUCCUGAUAAUUUAUAUGAAUUAGUUAAUGGGACUUCACUAUAUGUUGUACUUUGCAAACCGGUGAAAAUUCUCAACGAAGGCUAGUCAACAACCAAUACCGACAGACUUCGAGGGUGCAUAUAGCAGAACCCCUAUAUAGGUAUGUAAAUGGCCCUUUUUGAAGGCGUGAUAGUCUCCUGUACUCACACUAACCUCGGGAGGGGCUGCUGUUCGUGCGCUGUGGUUGUUUAACCCCGGGCUGCGCCCUGCUGCUGCGCUGUGCAAUAUGCGCGUUCUGUGAAUAGGUAGGACAAUGGGUGUGUGUAAAUGAAACUGGGAAAUCGCCAACUGGGAGACAGUGGAUUUGUUAAAUCAGAUUUAAAUAAGAUGUCGAGCCGGACCAGACCUGGCUACUAUCGGCAGGACAUCAACAAAACCACCUGGGAGGUACCGGAGCGGUAUCGCGAGCUGAAACAGGUGGGGACGGGGGCGUACGGUACGGUAUGCUCCGCAGUGGAUUUCAGGACAGGGUCCAAGGUGGCUAUCAAGAAGCUUCACAGGCCCUUCCAGUCUGAGCUCUUCGCUAAGAGGGCCUACCGGGAGCUGAGGCUGCUCAAACACAUGAAACAUGAAAAUGUUAUUGGCCUUGUGGAUGUAUUCACUGCAGACUUGUCUCUGGACAGAUUCCAUGAUUUUUAUCUGGUGAUGCCCUUCAUGGGAACAGAUCUGGGAAAGUUGAUGAAAUUACAGAAGCUCUCAGAGGACAAAGUGCAGUUCCUGGUCUAUCAGAUGCUCAAGGGUCUCAAGUAUAUCCAUUCUGCUGGAAUCAUUCAUAGGGACCUAAAACCAGGAAAUCUGGCAAUUAACCAGGAAUGUGAGCUCAAGAUCCUAGACUUCGGGCUGGCGCGGCAGACGGACAGUGAGAUGACGGGGUAUGUUGUGACCCGCUGGUACCGGGCCCCGGAGGUCAUCCUCAGCUGGAUGCACUACACCCAGACUGUGGACAUCUGGUCUGUGGGCUGCAUCAUGGCAGAGAUGCUGUCCGGGAAACCACUGUUCAAAGGCAACGAUCACUUGGAUCAGCUGACAGAAAUAAUGAAGAUCACAGGGACCCCCACUCAGGAUUUCAUCGCAAAACUGCAGUCUCAGGAUGCUAAAAACUAUGUAAGAAGCCUUCCCAAAGUGCAAAAGAAAGACCUCCAGGCAAUGUUUUCCAGUGUCAACCCAGAGGGGGUGGCAGUUUUAGAGCGUAUGCUGCUGCUGGACCCAGAGAAAAGGGUCACCGCGACGGAGGCACUCGCCCUGCCAUACUUCUCUGAGUUCAGAGAACCAGAAGAGGAGACUGAGGCCCAGCUAUAUGACCAUUCUGUUGACAACUCUGACCUGCCUCUGGAGCAGUGGAAACGUCACACAUUCACCGAGAUCCUGUCUUUCCAGCCCAGAGUGGUGGAGUCCAGGGAAACUGCAUUGUAAUGGGAAGCAGCACAUGCCCACUGCCACCUCGGCUUGUUGUUUUUACACGUGUGUCAUCUUCUGUCCAUUCAAUAUUCUCUGAACAUAUUGUGUUGUUUGUCUUUAGUUUUUUAGUUGUUCAGAAAGCCCUUGUUACUAGGUUGUUUGUCCUUUAGAUGUUGGAGUUCUGGGACGGUCCUGUGUGUGUGUGUGUGUGUGUGUGUGUGUGUGUGUGUGUGUGUGUGUGUGUGUGUGUGUGUGUGUGUGU